AUUAUAUUUAUGCAGGACGAACUACCACGACGUGUAAGAGACACCCAGUCCGUCAGGAACAUCAAAGUAAAGGACGACAAUGGACAAAUAAAUGUUGCCUUAUGGAACGAUAAGGCAAAUAGCCCGGUCAAACUUGGAGAUAAAGUGACAGUAACACAUCUAAACACAAAACACAGCGACUAUCUCAAAGAAGUAUCAGCUUCCUCAACAGUAAAAACCGCUAUCGAGAUUGCCGUUGAAGAAGUGCAGGUCGAAGUCAUUACUGUUGAAGACAAAAAUGGAGACUUCAUGUUAUUGACUUGUGAGCUUCGAGGUGAACUGGUUGAAAUACACAUGCCAAAAGCAAUCGCUAUAAAACUGUGGCACACAGUUGUUGUUGAUGACAUUCUCAAGCAUCUGGAAGACAAGAAGCUCAUUGACUUAGUUCUACAGGGACAACAUGUUAUUGAUUUGGGUACACUAAAUACAGAAGAAAGACUUGAAGAAAGGGCAGUGAAAAAAGUGCUGGAGUUCUGAUUGUAUUCACAUAGUGUGAUGCUGUGAUGAUGCUUACUUGAACUGUUGAAAACAUCAUGGUUUUACAAUUGUUUUUAGUUGUUACUUUUCAUGAGUACUUGAACUUCUUUUUGGAGAGUUGAAACUGACAAAACUUUCUUAAUAGCACAAAACAAGAUAUAUGAGCACUAAAAAGCAUUGUUUUUGUACAGUGAGUGGCAAAUUUGUUAAUGCCAAUAGCCUCUUGUAAUUAGCCUAGUGAAAAACAUGUUGCAAAAAUCAGGAUAAAUGAUCAUGAUAUGAUAACAAUCAGGAUAUGCAUGUAUAAAGUUAAAAUACAGUUAUAUGUAUAAUGAAAACUAGCACAACAACAUUAAAAAUGUAUAACACGUUUUAUAAAGUAUAUCAGACAAUAAUGUUGCGUUCUAAUAUUUGCCAAAGGGGAAAUUAUUAGCCUGUAGUUCUUUUUAUACAUGUCGCAACAAAUCAAGUGUUGAAAGAUGUUUGU